AUUCGCGGACCGACUUGUGUGUAUCGUAUUUUUUAAGACAAUAAUAUUAUAUAAUAGCAUAUAUUACGAUAAAAAUAAUAUUUUUCUAUUCCUAAGUCCGUGUUGAUUGGUAGAUCCGUCGUCAGCGGGGAACUAAGUGUACACAUACUCAGAAUGAGGAGCGAAGCAAAUUUACAGUCAAACUCAAACUGGUGGUCGCACACGCGCUUAAUCUGAAACUUCAUUUCGACGCUAACGACAACGAUAUUCCUACUUGUAAAUUACAAAUAAUAUUGUCAUGCUUGUCUUCUACAGUUAUUUAUAAUCAAAAACGCGAUCGGCCGGCGCGACAACGGUGUGUGCAGCCCGCGUAGAGUACCGUCAUAACCCCAAAAAAAAUUUAAUAAAACAGAAGAAAACGUCGUUACGUCGACUGCCGAGAAACAGUGACGGAACAUUGGGCUGGUGGGCGGACGGACGCGGGAAAGAAUUAUAUAAAAAACGAUAAACCGGCGCGCGCGCCGCCGCCGCCGCCGUGGGAUUUCGUCGUCGGUUCGACGCGUGUCCGACGAUCGACGACGACACCGCCGCCCACAUCGUCACCGUCACCGCCACUCGACGUCAACAGCAGCACCGGCCGCCGCAGCAGUUCGAUCGUCACGUGGUACACACCCUCCACCCGAGGCCGCCGGUCAUCUGCUGGUAAACAAACGGGCACACCGCCGCCGCCGUCCCCCGCGCCCAAGCACACGCACACUAUCGCGCCAGCGCGCGCGCGCACACACACACGCCACAAGGAGUCACGCGCACGCACUCACACACAUACACACACGCACACGUUCAUUCGCACUCGUACUUUGGUUUUUCGUCGUUCGCGUCGCUGUCCGUCAUCGCCGCCGUUUCGGGGAAAAAAAAAAUAACAGCAGCAGCAGCAACUCUCGCGGUCUCGCUCACUCCCUCACUCCUCGCCGUCUUCCACUCGCUCACCAUCACGUCCGACCAUCAUUCUGUCUCCGUCUGUUGCGGUCGGAACGUCUGUACACGGCCGUCGACUGUGCGUGUGCGCGUAACGCGUCGUCGAUUCCGCCGCGCCGAGUACGUCUCGUGCACACACACCGGUGCAGGUUACUCGCCUACACUCGCCCGGGCCCGACGACCACAACGCCGCCGCAGCAUCGAAACGAACAACCGCCACCGUACCGCGCGAUAUCGUCGUCGCGUGUUAUCGUCUCUAUCGUCGUCCGUCGCGAUAUCGCAUAUCGCCGUCGCCGCCCGCCGAAGUGCAGUGUACACGCCACACGCACACCUCCGUCGCAGCAGCAUCAGCCGACACGGUGCUACGUGUGCAGCACGCGGGGACCAUGUCCGACACGGAUUGGACGCUGCACGCGCUCAAGUCUAUGCCCGGUAGCCCAACUAACGUGCAAUGGGCCCCGGACCAGGACGUGACGGGCGUGAUCGCCAAGCUCGAGGGUCGCGAGCUCGAGUACCUGAUCCGGCAGAAGCGCAUCGUCAUCGGCCGGAAUAGCUCCAAGGGCCAGGUGGACGUCAACAUGGGCCACUCGAGCUUCAUAUCGCGGCGUCACCUGGACGUACUCUACGAACACCCAAACUUCUAUCUGACGUGCCACGGCAAGAACGGCGUGUUCGUGGACGGCGUGUUCCAGCGGAAGGGCGCCCCGGCGCUACAGCUGCCCAGGAGGUGUUUAAUGCGAUUUCCUAGCACAACAAUUCGGCUAGUGUUUUAUUCAUUGAUAGAUGAAAUGGCACCACCUCCUGUACUUCAGAAUACAUUUAUUCAAACUCAAACUAGAUCAAUUGCAACACCUUCAAGAAGUUAUGCAAGUCCAUUGAGUAUAAAUAUUCCUCCUCAAGUCAUCAAACAAGAGCCUUCAACAUAUUUGUCAAAGGAAAAUAGAUUUAUGAGUCCUUUUCCAUCUCCUACUGGUACUUUAAGUGCUGCAAAUUCAUGUCCAACUAGUCCUAGAGGAGGACACAAUCGACAUACACUUGGACCAGAUUUGCAAAUGGCAGCAUAUGCUGCUGCAGUAGCUCAUCCUGGUCAAAUAGGUGUAAUUUCUACACCCACAUCAUCUGCUAUUUAUGUAGAAGAAAAUAAACACAUAAAUAAUAUGUCUAGUCAGAAUAGCCGAGAUGAAGAAACUAGCCCAUUAGAUGCAACUGUUUUUGAUGUUAGCAUUGGUAAUGAACCAUUUGUUGGUGAUUUUUAUAGAAAUGGUACAUCAACAUCCACAGGACAAAAUUACAGUCCUCCUGAAACUGUGAUCCAAGAUAGAUCAACACCUAUAAAUAACAAUAAUAGUAAUUCUAAUGCAAAAUCUAAAGAUGAGUCCAAACCACCUUAUUCAUAUGCUCAACUCAUUGUACAAGCUGUUGCUUCAGCUUCUGAUCGUCAGCUUACUUUAAGUGGAAUUUAUUCCUAUAUUACCAAAAAUUAUCCUUAUUAUCGAUUCGUGGAUAAAGGAUGGCAAAACUCUAUAAGACACAACCUGUCAUUGAAUCGAUAUUUUAUAAAGGUUCCUCGUUCACAAGAAGAACCUGGAAAAGGAGCUUUUUGGAGAAUUGAUCCUUCAUCUGAACAAAAAUUGAUUGAGCAAGCUUUUCGACGUAGACGUAUAAGAGGAGUGCCUAGUUUUAGGCUUCAUAACUCAUUUGGAAUGUCCUCAAGAAGUGCUCCUCCAUCACCAAGUCACAUUACUGGUGGCGAAUUAUCAAUUGCAGAUUCGUUAUCUAGAGAAACUUCACCAUCGCCUCCAGUAUCUUCUUCAGACCAACAACAAGAUGAAGUUUGUCUGACAAAUUCUAUCUCAAACCAAAUUAAAUCACCAAAUAAAAUUUCUCAUACAAAUGGUGUUGGUGUGCUUCACUAUGUCUCAUCAACAGCUAACAAUGAAACUUUAGAAAUGCAAAGUCCUCAACAAUUAACGUUCUUAAAGUCACGACUAGUCUUGCCAGUGACAACUUAUAGUAAAUCUACAACUAGACAUAUUACAAUAGUAAACAAUGGACUUCCAACAUCUCAGUCAGGAAGCACAACUAAAACUAACUUAAACUUUAUUGCCUUUCCUCCACCAAUCAAGGAGUCUUUAUUGCCACAAGCUCCUGUUAUUGUGCAAGCUUUAGAUCAGACAUUUGAUGCUUCUAAGCUGAAUCAUGCAUUAAAUAUUGAUAAGGCAGUUAACCAUCAUAAACAAGUUGAAAAUAAUGAACUACAUGAGGAUAUAUCUCAAAAUAACCCUACUCAAGGCAUAGAAAUAGAAUCUGGAGAAUUCGGAGUUCAAGAUAUUCAUGAAGAAAUUAUUGAUGAUACUCAAAAGACAACAGGAGAAAAUAUAGAACAGUCAUCUAAGAAUUUCAAAUCUGAAGAAUCUUCUGAAAAUGGAAAUCAACAAGUCGUUGGUGAAGAAGUUGAAGAGGAAGAAGAAGUAGUUGAAGAUAACAAUUUUGAAGAAUCCAAAGAACCGGAUAAUAACUAUUCUGACAAUUUUCAAGAACCACAAGCUAAGCGUGCCAAAUUAAAUUAUUAUCAACAAGAAAUAAAUGGCGUCCCUUAAAGCUAUUAUGAUAUUAUACAAAUUAUCAUUGCAAUUAUAAAAAAAAAAUCCAAGUGAACAAGGUAGCCCUAAAUUUGACAUGAUGACCAUCAUUAUCAUUUUAUCCUAUGUCUCAUUAUGUUCCUUGUACAUAACUGUAAUAACAUAUCUAUUGUAAAAAAUUUUAAUUCCAAUUAAUUGACAAUUUAUUUUUGGUUGAUAGGGAAUUUUAUUUCUUUUUAAAGUGCAAUUACAUUUAAUCUUUCUAUAUUUUUUCUUUUGUUAUUAUUUUUUGUUGAUUAUAAAUGUUAUCAAAUUAAAAUAAAUUGCCAUAAUUUUUAAUCUGUAUGUGGACAAAAGCUAUUUUUUUCGGUUUUUAAUUGUUUGAGAAUUUUGAUGUUAUAAAGUUCAUUUUUAAGAAAUAUGUGAUUGGACAUUUUAUAUUAUACAAAAAAUAUAAUAUAAUUAUUUUUAUAAAAUAAGUUUUUGUCUACUUAAAAAAAUGUGUUACCAUUUGUGUUUAGAAAGAUUUAGUUUACAUUGGUAUUAAAAUUAUAUAAAAUUAAAUUUAAACUAUACUCAAUUUGUUGGGUUUAAACAUAAACAAAAUUAUUAUGUUGGAAUUUUUAAACAUCUUGUACAUUUUUCUUGUUUAUUUAUAUAUUAUAAAUAUUUCAAAAGUAUUUUUCAAUCAGCAAAUAAUUAUUUUUUCAUUUAGUUCAAUACUAAAAAAUAAUAAUAAUAUGCACAAAUGCAAAUGUGUAUUUAUAAAAUAUUGUAUUACUGUCUUGGGGCAUCUUUAUUCGAUGAAUGUGCGUGGAACCCGGCUCUACCAUAUUUAUGUGUACCCCAUCUCUAGUUGUAUAACCCUAAGCAAUUCCGACAAGCACAAAUGUUUUUUUUUUUUUUAAGAUUGUAAUAAACAUGAUGUUGUUAGUAGUAUUUAUAUAUAUCAUAAUAUAAUAGAUUCAAAUUGUAUUAAGGAAUAAAAAUAGUCAACGCAAUACUUUUUUAGCACACUUGUAAGUGUAAUAUAAGAUUACUAUUUACUUUAUUUUGUUGAGACAUUAAAUUUAUAAAUUAUUUA